AGCAUUUAAACUAGACGUAACUUGAGAUGAAGGAUGCUAAGCCUUAUCCAGUCGACCCAUCUUAUGCCGACCCACCACCUAGUGAAAUAGAUUUUUCAACUUGUAGUAUAGUUAAAGCUGUUCAGUUUGGCGUCACUAAACGAAUUAUUGAAUUAAUAGAACCGUCAGACCCACAAGUUGCGGGUUAUGAUGUCAAUCAACUUGAUGAUGAGGAUGUUUCACUGUUGCAUUGGGCAGCUAUAAACAACCGUUUAGCUAUUGCCCGUUACCUUCUAUCCAAAGGGGCGCAAAUAGACAGACCUGGUGGUCGUCUUGCUGCAACGCCAUUACACUGGGCUAUUAGACAAUCUCACUUAAGCAUGGUACAUUUCCUAAUGCAGAGAGGAGCUGACCCAACACUCAUGGACAACACAGGAUUAGCAUGCAUUCAUGUCGCAAUACAAAUGGGAAACAUUCCAAUUAUUGUGUACCUUCUUUCGCACGGCGUUAAUGUAGAUGUUCGUGAUGCCAAUGGACUCACUCCAUUAAUGAUAGCCUGUAUGCAUGUACGAUCAGUUGAUAUAUUUCGCCUGUUAAUCUCAUGGGGUGCUGAUCUCUAUUUGACUGAUCCACGCGGGAAUACUGUAGCGCAUUAUGCUGUAAAUUUUGCAAAUUUUCAAGCUGUUAUGCAAUUGGACAAGGGUGGUGCUGAUUGGAAUGCAGUAAAUGGUGAAGGCAAAGCGGCAUAUGAGGUUCGUACAGUCCCUUGGUUAACCGAUAGAGUGAAACAAAUGGCAACUGGACAGCAGAUGAUGACUUCAUCGAAUCGUUUAUCCCGUCUAGGUUGUUCUAUGCUGCAUCAUUCACCUAUAUGGCGUCAAAGGAUAACCGUUUCACUUCCGCCUAUUGUUCUACUCAUUUUUUGUCUUCUUUUCAGCUGGGAUAUAACAUCCACUGUAUAUCGUUUGAAUCUUGUUGAAGAGUCUUCACAUAUUUCAUUAUGGAUAAUUUAUUUGAUAAAAUUUAUCCUAUUCCUUUCAGUAUCAUUUACAACACGUUUUAUUGUCGACAGAUUUUCGGAUCAUAAAUCACAGGCCACUAUGCUGUUCAGUCUAGCGACAAGUACAACACUACUCCUAACUGUUACUUAUUUAUUCUAUAUCACUUUACGCACACCCGACCAUUGGAUAUUGCAUUUCUGGUUUCUAUUUUUUAUCACUCUACUAUGGACUUCCUUCAUUCUAUGUUGUACAAAAGAUCCUGGUUAUGUGAGUGAUGUCAGCAAGGAAUCACAACAGAAGACUAUCCUUCAACUGCUCGAAGAAGCAUUAGCUUUUUCACCAAAUGAUUUAAACUUGACCAAUGAUGAGGAUUAUGUACAAAAGGCACCGUCACCACCUCCUGUUAAUCCACUGCAAAGAUUCUGUACAACUUGUUUUAUUCGUAAACCAUUAAGGUCGAAGCAUUGUGCAACAUGUGAUCGGUGUGUUGCAAGGUUUGAUCACCACUGUCCAUGGAUAUGUAAUUGUGUUGGAAUGCAGAAUCACUUUUACUUUAUUGUCUAUCUAUUCUCUACGAGUAUUUCUUGUGGUUUAUUUAUGCUGGGUACAAUUACCUACUGGCAAAGUGAGUUCACUUGUCUACCCUAUUGGUCGAGUAGCAAGACUGCUGUGGAAUCUGAUCCAACCAGUUCAAUAGUAGCGCGUAUAUCAUGUAAUCCAUGGGUCACAUUCUGUUUUGUCAAUGCAGCUUUCUAUUGUUUUUGGACAACUUUAUUAUUCGGUUCACAUGUAUAUCAGAUGAUUUGGUUAAAUGCUACUACAAAUGAACGUAUCAACAUAGAUCGAUAUGUUGAGUUUUCUGGCGGUUUAAAUUUAUCCAAUAAUUCAAACACUUCGAAAUCGGUAACAGCGAAUAAUAUGACACCAUUAUCAUCAUCAGCAACAACAAAAUAUAGUCGACCAUAUGAUCAUGGUGUAUGGCGUAAUCUGCUGGAUUUAAUUGGUCUACCAGGCUUUAUUGUAAAUUCAAACAAAAGAGUUGAUUGGCGGGAAAUAUAUCAAAUUGAACAAAUCAACUCAAAAUCAAAUGGAUUUUUUUAAAUUUAGGAAGUACUACUUACUCACACCACAGGAUUAUUAAUGAAUUAUAUUUUCAAGUUGUAGUAUGUGUGUGUGUUGCAUUGUGUAUUGUAAACUUUAUGCGAAAUAUAUAUAUAUAUAUAUAUGCAUGCUGAAAUUGUACAGUUAACUUAACUAUCUUAUAUUCUCUCCUUGAAUGUUGGUUGAUCUGUGUGUUUACACUUAUUCUUAUUCUCUAGAGGCGAGAUAUACUCUCAGCCUUCUUUAUAUAUCAGAAAUACCGGAAAUUGUUUCUCCCCCCCCUGUGAUAUACAACUAUCCGAAUUUUGUACGGUGAAGUUACUGCAUAUAUAUAUAUAUAUAUAUAUAUAUAUAUAGGGUACUACUCAAUUUCUUUGUCCCUUUUUCCAAUUCAAAAUUGUCUUUAUACCUUCCAUCUUUUCUUAACGGCAAGAGUUUCUUUCAUUACCAUUGGUUAUAUAUUCCCGUGCAUACAUACAUAUUGUGCAAGAUAUGGAAGCCUUUAUCAGGGGUUAGAGGAUAACAGCAAUACUAAUAGGGAAAACAAUUAUUUAUUGAAACCGAUACAUAUAUAUCUACCUUUCAAUAAGUGAGUAAGUGGUUUUAUAUGUGUUACACUGAACAUUUUACUUCCUAUACUAUCCCAAUUCCUUUAUGUUUAUUCUCUUAUUUUAAUCCAUAAACAUUCCAUUCUUACUGUUUACAUUUCAUCGGUGCGUGUGUGUGUGUGUGUAGAUCUUCAGUUUCUGUGAUUCCGUUAUUCUAUUCUUCCAUGUCACAGUAUACACACCUACCUUUGGGCGAUUCUCUGUUGUUGUUGUUGCUGCUGCUGUCUUUUUCCCGUUCUUCGUUUUCUUCAAAAAAUUAAAAAGAAAACAAAACAAAGAGAAACUGUUUACACUGUAUAAAAUUGUAGCGGUAUAUAUGUAGGUAAACAUAAAUAGAGAGGAAAUAAUAAAUUGUCCAGUUUCUGCUCAUAUACGAUGGCCUGUGUUAGCCUGUGUUACCUACCAUUCCCCCCGUAUCUUACCUACCUUACUCACUAUAUAUAUUAAUUAACUGAACGAUUUGGUUAUUAUUUUCACUGUUCGUUUGUUGUAUGUUAAAUUUACCAUUUUACAGUUAGACACACAAACACUCCCACACACACACACAGUUGACGUUUCUACUUUUUACUUGAUUAUGCUGA